AUGCCAGAGAACAGGCGCUUCCUCAAGGGCCUCAAAGACAAGCCACACCAUAUCACCAUCGCUCUAGAGGACUGGCAUGCUGCUUUACGCGGCAGGGUCAAGCCUCUUGCGUACCUCUACGGUGUCUCCCAUGAAGAAGUGAGAAGAGAGUUGCGGCGUGGAAACGUGGAGAACAGAACAUUUCGCAUCCGACACAUCGUCCCGCUCUUUGUGUCGAAGGAGGAGCUGCUCGACCGCAAAAAUCUGCAGCACAUUGCGAAGGAGCGCAACCUCGACGGGCGUGCUAUCAGGAACUGCAGGUACAGGUCAAAAUACGUACAGGCAUACGACGCAGACGUAAGGAGCGUGCCUCCUGCUCUGCCACUAGACAUUGGCGGUGCCCUUGCACAGGUGCUCACCGCACGCGUGACGACGUGCUUUGGUCUUCACCUUAUCGUCACCGUUCAAAACGACGACGCCGAGCAGCAGAGCGCGCCGUCGCUGCUGAUGGAUGUGGCGGUGCGCGCGCACCUGGAGCGGGUGCCGCUGCCCGCCUUGCACCGCCUUAUUUCGGACCUGUGCGAGGUCCGUGCGGCAUGGAAGCGAGACCUUCUUGCGCCCAGCGCUGCAGCCGCGAUCCAGGAGCAGGCGCUGCUGGGCAGAGAGCCCAUCAACGCGCUUCUCUACCACGUUUGCCUCUGGCAGCGUCGAUACCCUCUCGAGCUUUUGUCCGCCGUGCUCUCCUUCUACGAUGCGCACAAGCACCUUUUCUCCCCUGAUACCCCAGAAAGAUGCUCAGCAACGGCUCAACUUGAAUCUCUUCUGGAAGAAGUGCACUGCCUGCAGUAUCCGGACCUAAACGACGUACCGGGGCUAAUCCGCUGCGACGUCUUCAUGACGUAUCCCCAUAUGCCGCUGGAGGAGCAGCGGCAGCUGAUGCACAAGAUCGCCGCAGCUGUGGUUCACCGCGAGGCCGCUGGCACCCUGCAGCGCCAAAACACCAGCAUGGGAACCGAGGAGGAAUAUGUCACCGACAACUUGCUGCGACACUCUCGCACGCCUCCUGACCCACGGCUGCUUCUUCGCUCCUUCGUGGCGGGCGGUGCUGCCGUCAUACCGGAGCGCCUCUGCACUGGCAUGCCAACGCAGAAGUACCACGAGAUGCGAGCCGCCUUUGAGCGCCACAAGCACGACGGUGUCCGUCGCUUGGCCGCGCAGGACUAUGGCCGGGCGGCAACCGAACCUACCCCACCUCCCCCUCCUCUUCAACCGUCAGCAUUGUCAGUAGCGCCGUCGUAG